ACGAGCUGUCGCUUGACCGCGGGUCGCAACAAUGUCCAAAGCCCCUUUGCCGCUGGUGCGUAGAGUGUUGACCCAUACAUUUGCACACCGCUAUUUUCUUCUUUUCCCUGCGUCUUCUUUUCAUUCUUCCACAUCAGUAAGAUUCGGUGGUUCUUUUUGUUAAGACUAGUCACUCGCAGAGCUGUUUUAUGUGCACAAAGGUUAUCUGCCGCAUCAUCAACCAGGAGACGCGUUAUCAUCACUGAACGCUGAAUUGCUCGUUCCUCGCAGUAAUUUUUUGACACAGCAAGACCCGCGACGCCGGGUACGCCACUGGUCAACAGAUAAACCUGCCGAAGCUGUCAGAACCACUGUUGUACGCAGUCCAUUAUUAUACACAUCCUUCUUUUACAGCCUGAGCGAAUUCCGCCCUUUGGCAUGCUGUCAAACGGGCCUCGCUACUUCGUGUUCGAUGCUUGUGCGUGCGCUUUGGCUAGGCGGCGCGUCUCCGGCGCCAUACCGGCAGGACACUUGCAUUGCCGGAAAGAAGGGAAUGCCUGUGGUACGCUUUGUUUGGAACAGACGCUGUUUCUUGUGUCGCAGAAGAGUCCAGGAAGGACGAUCAAGUUUCGCUUGAAAGGGAUAUUCGAGUCUGUAGUUGAGGACGCUGCUGCGUGUGCCAGGGAGUCUCCGCGGUUCCUCGUAAAGGAGGUUCUUGUGGGGUCUUAUAGCGCAGUUGCGCCAUCGCGCUAGUCUUUCCAGUGGAGCUUUGCCACAUUUUGUCUCUCUUGUUUUUGCGGUAAUGGAUGCUGCCGUUUGUCUGAAGAAAAACGAUGUUACGUGUUCUACACAGCGUACCCUGUGCGACAGCGCGGCCACGGGUCAUCGAGCAUGCGCGUGGUCCCCAGGGGACUGUCGAGUGUGGUAGCUCAGGAAUCUGCUACUUUUCCGUUUCGUCUCUGUUUAACAACAUACGAUACCAGCACUGUACUCGCCGAAUCCAAUUUUGUCGGCAGGCAGUGGCCUACAAGGAGAGCUGGGCACCUCUCCACGUGUACCAACACCGGCCGCUUGAGCAGUUAGCGGCCUCAGCGUCGGAGUAGAAGCGGUCGAUGUCUGCGAAAGAACGUAAAUCCGGUGUUGCUUCAUUCGACUUCGAGAUACUGUUGGUCAACCUAGAGGUGCAGUGUUCUUGACCGGCUGUCACACAGUUUUUACUGUUCCUGGCGACGCAGAGGUGGUCCGCUGAUUUACCACACCCUCCUCUCCGGCUGAUGUCGUUUCCCGGUUUCAUUAUGGCUUCCUCAUCUUCUCUACGUAGUGAUGUACUACUAAAGCAGUGCCUAGCGGGUGCAAUUUUACGGCCGAUGGGGCAUCCGGUUCCGUGUUGUGCUGCUGGAACAGCUGCUCCCUGUGUCUCUUUCCGCACUCAACGACGCUCUAAACCCAACGGCGAAAACCGUUCUCUACCUUCACAAGCGCCGGAAGCGAUCGUUGGUGCGCACCGUAGCACUCGUGGAGGCCAUCGAGCGUGCAGCCUCCGAACAUUGCGUUCUGCCGUCGAUUCUGAGUCGACACGGAAUGUGUCCUUUCUUAGCGAAAGCGCUAGCUGCGCCGCAUCUAUGAGUUCACACGCACAGAGCUUGGUAAGCGGCUGGCCACGGCGGGGAGGGCUUCGAUUUAGCGGUUGCCUCCCUGAUCUUGCCACGGGCAGCGUAGCGAAGACCGACGCGGAAACAAGAACGACAAACUGCCGACGGAGAACACAUCUGAACUGCACCGCGGGUGCUUCUUGCCGCAGUCGCUGCAGUUGGCUUUCCAUCCGUGCUACGCUGCCACUCCUGGGGGAGUACGGUGCUGACUCUGAAGGCGGAAUCUUUUCUUCGGCAAGAAGGGCCUCUUUCUGGAUGCAGUCGCUGGGUUUCGGCGUCGUCGGACAGCGAGAGUUUUCUGAGGCGACUGGCGGGAAAACAUCGCGAGAGGCGACGGCGCUCAGCCCGGCGAGUGACAACCUCACGGAAAAACUGUCCCAGGCGGGCCUGGUGCAUUCCACUUCGUGCACAAACUGCAAGGCAGCCCCGGCGAGAAAAUAUCAGAUUUUCUGCAGUAACUGCGGCGACGCCCUAGUUCCGCAGUACGGAGAUGCGAACAAGCGGGACUUCUCCUACUUCGAGUUUCUACAAAUGAACCCCACGUUCGACAUCGAUCGUGCCGCGUUGGAGGCAAAAUAUAAGCAGCUCGAGAAGCGCUUGCAUCCUGAUAAGCAUGUACAUGCCGACCAGGAGUAUCACGACCGGUUGGCGAAGCAUCGAACGAAGGUCAUCGAGGCGGUAUCUGCGCUGAAGAACCCUGCGAAACGCGCGUUGCAUUUGUUGGCCCAUCACUCGCCUCAUUCCAGCGAGCAUGUCGAGGACGAACCUGACGCUGAUCGCGUGACAGACGGUGAUUUGCUUCAAGAAGUGUUUGAGCUGAACGAAGCUCUGGAAAUGGUGACUUCGCGAGAAGAACUGGAUGAAUUCAAAAGGCGAGUGGACGCGCUUCUAGAAAAGGACGAGAGAGAUUUGUCACGUCGAUUUCGAGAGAAGGAUUUCGAUGGAAUUCGAAGCGUCAUACAUCGGUACCAAAUGCACGCCAAGCUUCAAGAGAGCAUUAAAGAUUGGAGUUCACCUGCGUAGUUCGGGAACUCUAGCACGCCUGUAUCAUGGGGGGAAAGUCCGCUUAGUAUUGUGCACAGCAGCUGUUGUUCAUGCUCAACACGACAGUGAUGAAUAGCUCGUUCCUUUAGGUCUAAAGUGAAUUUCGUUCGUUCAAUAGCUAAAGAGGACACGUAGCGGAUAUAUUUCCCCCCCUCACCCCCCCCCCCCCGAUGCUGAGCAUGAACUACGGACAUUUUAAUUUCAGCUGACGGGACGCUGUCGAGUCUCCAGUUCUUCUAAAUUCGUGUGAGCAUGAGGAUGCACGUGUACAGAAGACAUAGCUGCAGCACAAGCGGCGCUCUGGCACUCGUGCGUCAGGGUUGUUAGAAUAUGCGUUAGCUGAGAGUUGUUAGAGUACAUGUUAGCUGACGGUCUGGCGAACGCUCCUGGUAGGCGUCGUCUUUGGUAUUUGCCGCCUUCGAUCAUAAGCUGCGAUUUCCUUCAUACUGAAAAAAACGACAGAGAAUUUGCUGACCAUGGCGUCAGUUAACAAGUUUCAAAACCCAAUUUCGGGAGCUCGGUUUCUGUGUGAAAUUCAAUCGUUGCGGCGGUGGUCAACGUGUGGCCUUGUGAUCGUUGUCCAUUCUGAAGACUGAAAACUCUCCGUGGCAAUUCUCGCAAAACUAGUGUUGAAACGAAGCAUAUUUGUUAAGGCAAAACGUUAACCGUGACCGCAAUUGCGAGUCGAAUCACCAUUCGCGGCUUUGGGUCCCGUUGUGAAGUACAGGACUCAACUGAGCAAGUUGUUUCCAAUUGGUAGGACAGGGGAAGCAUGGGAUAAUUGAGAGUUUCUACGAUCAAUACAACAAGACGAUUAGCAGCAGUAACAUGUGAGGAAGGCGUGAAUUCUCUUGAAGAUGUUGCGCUGGUAGCUAAAUGGGUGUUCACAGAAACCUCAAGAGGUCCCUGCGUUGCUUGGUGAGAUUACGUCAGUGCCCCGCAGUAGGUGCUACUGUUGCGGAGAGACAUCUGUCAAAUUUUCGGACGUUCACUUACUGCUCGACAGAAAAGACAAACUCAAGACGUGGCUUAUGUCAUGAUCUACGCGUCUCAAAACAUCACUCUAACCGAGUCUGGUUUAGGCGUCCACCCCGUGAUUUCCACUUCGAAAACUUGCUCGCCACAAUUCCCCAUCCACAUAUUUAUUUCCGCGAGUGACAAAGCAUCAUAUUCCGCCGGCUAUUCCUACACAGAGUAACCGGAACCCUCUGCAGGGGGACCGUGAAGAGCUCCGCUGCUGUUACACGCCGUUCUCGAAUAGGGAAACCACCCAUUAUUCUUCGUUGACGUGUUUCUCCUUCUCCCGUAAGUAUCUUUCAUACGCGGCCUCAACUUCACGUCCUCGACUCUCUUGGUGCUCAUGCUGAGACCCCUCGCGACAUGAAUGAGGUACCUGUUGAAACCGAGAUGGUCCCUGGGACCUGCAGGCAAGGGAAGGGACAGCGUUAUAAGGAGUCAGGCCCGUCGUUGUUUUUUGCCAGGUUCCACCGCAGGAAUGUGCAAAAAUGUAGCGUGGAAACACACGGUCUCUGGAGUGUUAAACAGACGGGUUAAGAAACCAGAUUGUGACUCUACCAGACUCACGGCUAACACCCGACACCUGCCGGGAUUGGCUGUGAAAAAGCGUUUUUUAAAAUGCAUUGGGACGCUCACAAGAUGCAGAAGCACAACAAGCGUUGCAGCCACGACAAACCACGCACGGAGAGCGUUUGCGGUUUACUGUUUCUCUUCGGGAAGUACAGCUUUCUGUAUGUCUUCGAUCGGCAUGUUGAUGUGGAACACCUGCUCGUACAAGCGGAGGUAGUGCUGAGGCGGCAACGGUUGACGUAGAAACAGCGAAGAAAACAAAAUUACACAACGUUAGGUGUUAUCCGGCAGGUGAAAGUAGCGGUAACAGAGAGGGAGG